ACUUUUUUUUACUCAAUUGAUUUUUGAAAUGAAAAAAGGAAUUCUUCAAAUUUAGGCGACAACUACAAGAAAAUGCAGGCACGCGUUUAAGUCUUUCUAAUCUUUAAAAGGCUGACAUAUUCUUUACUCAAUUAUUUAGAAGUAUUCAUUUUCACUAAUUGAAUAAACUUUCUGCUUAUAGAGGCUUUCUUUUAUUGAAUCUACGUGCCAGAUCAUACUGGCUUUAUUUCCUGUUCAUAAUAGAGCGCAUCAAUUAUGAACUACAAGAAAAAUCAAUUGAAUAUGCUUUCUUCUAAGAAACCUCAAAAGGUGAUGGACAUGCAAGAGAAGCCUACUUCUGGCUCUUCACAAGAGCACCUGGGGCCCAUUUCGAAAGCAGAAAGAAAGAUUCAGGCAAUAUUGGACGAGCAUGCUGAGAUUCUUUUACUACCAAAGGGAGGGGACCAUGUUCACAGGAUCCGCAAAGCCCUUGGGGAGCAGCUUCGUAUCUGGUGCGAAGAAUGCGAGGAACGUGCUAAUGCAUACAAAAGCAAGUCAAAAAAACUUCAGGAAGAAUAUGGAUUCCAAAAAGAGAUAUUAGAACAAGUUGAAGCAACAAAGUCGUCAAUCAAGGAGAAAGAGCAUGCACAGGAGAUUGCGUAUUUAAAAACUUCUAUAGCAGAAGUCGACAAAGAAAUCUCAGAUUUGGAAAGAAAACUCUCAAUUUUAUAUGAUCAUCGCUCUCAUCUUGUUAACCGUCUACAGACGUGCGACUCGCUCGAACAAACAGAGAUCCACGACUUGGAAGACCGACUUUUGCGACUUCAAGAAGAGUACGAUACUCGGCCUCAUGUUAACAAGCUUACAAAAACGAUUCACGCUUUACGCGAGAAAGAAUCUUCCUUGAGAUUCAUGGUGAUUCAGGCGUAUUCAGGUAUUCGGUUUUUCCAGCAUUUUAUAGAAGAAGUCCAUACCUCCGAGUUAAAACUACAGUCCCUUUCCCCUUAUGCAGGAACAAAUAAAGCUGAUCCGCCAAUCUCUGAAACCAGACAUGCGGAAGUCUUGAGUCUACUUGCUUCCAUCUUACACUCCUUUAAGUCUGCUCUUGAAGUAGCAAUUUCCAACAACUGGAAACCCAUCAUUGUACUUUUGGAACAAGAUAUUGUUUUAUAUGAAGAAAAAAUGAACAAUCUUUCAUCUGUGACCCCAUCCAACACAUCUUUUGCAACGGCUUCUCCCAAGUGAAAACCGGCUCUUCUGUUUUAUUCUUUCAUUUUCUCAAAGACAAACACUACAGAUGAUCUGAUUUGCUAAUGUUUACUCAUCCACAUAUCUUAUUUUUUGUUUACAACCUCUUCUUAGCUACCAAGUGUUACCUGUUCGAAUGCUCUAUUCACGUUCGUUUCUACGGUUGAUGAACAACUUCGAUAUUCAAUUCUAUUACAUUUCUACCAGUCAUUACUAGGAUAAUUAGAAACCGAAACUACACUAUACCGUUUGAAAUGACCGUAGGACAACUACCGUCAUUUGCCCAUUCCUUGACAUCAUUAUGAAGAACAUCUCCUGGUGAAG